GGUGUCUCCACAAUCGCCAACCAUAUAUAAUCCGUACACUUCCUCCAAACCUCUGAUCUUCUUCCCUUCUCCCUUUUCAAUUGCCUCCGACUCGUCUCCGAUGGCCAGAAUCCUCGCACAAACCCCGCUCCGCCUCUCCCUUCUCAGAUCCGCGCCGUUCAGAGCACAACCGGUGAUCUGGCCCUGUGCCCACCGUUCCUUUUUUAGCGGCCAUGGUCGGCUGAUCGAGAUCGACCUGGACUCCACCUCUUCCGGCUCCUCUUCGUCGUCGUCUUCCUCUUUAUCGGAAGAUGAGGGUAGAUUGGAGGCCUUGGCUAUGAAGAAGCUGGACGACUUGAUCCACCGGAUCAUCGUGCAGAAGUCAACCCCGGAUUGGCUGCCGUUCGUGCCGGGGUCCUCCUUCUGGGUCCCACCGCGGCCCGGGACCUCUAAGGUGAUCGAUUUGGUGGGAAAGCUGGCCGACCAGCUGAACCAGGAGGAGCCCCUUUCCAUCACCUCCUUGCGUGGAUGGCCCUGCUCUUCUUUCUUUCUCAACGGCAAUGGGUCUAUGAGUUCAAGAAAUGUGGAUUCAAAGGACAAGGGGUCAGGAGAGGCGGAGGCGGAGGUGAAGUUGAAGGUUCUGAAAAAUUCAGUGGACACAUCAGGAUCUGAGGAUGAGGAAGGAUAAGCAGAGCAUCUUUAGACAGAAUGGUGACUAUGGGCUGCUAACCAUUGUAGAUUUAGAGGAAGGAGCAGUUUGGGUGACAAAAGGUUAGCAUGUAAAUGGAAUGUUGUACAGAGGUAAUUAUGGUAGUACCUAUAAAAAAAAAGAUGUAAUUAUGGUAGUUUUGGGGUGGGGAUUUGCUCUUAUGCUCCAGUGCUGAAACAAACCUUAUGCAGUUAUGCUUACUUAAAUCUUCAAUUUUUUUUUUUUUGAAGUGUUGUUUAUGGUUGGUUGAUGACGAAAUCAAUGUAUCUUGAAUACAUUUUUUUCCAA